AGAUCUACAAAUUUAAUUAUUUUUUAACUCAAUUAUUUUGAUUAAAACUGUAUAAGAGUAAGUUGUUUCUUUUCGUUACAACCUAUAUUGUUAGUUUAGUGGCUAAAGCUAAAGUUAGCUAGCGUGCUGAUGAUGUGAACGAAUUUAUUCAUUUAAAUGUCAAAUCAUUUAUUUUAACACGUGAAAAGUUGAUCCACAAGGUAGACAGCAGAACAAUGUCAGUCUCUGAUGAAGAUGAGGUGUUGAAAGCAGAGUCUGAGGAAGAGGAUGAAGGGAAAGAGAAGGAGAUUUCAGGACGAGAGGAUAAGCUAGAGUCCUGUCCGCUAACCCAGGACAUGAUGGCGAAAAGCUUGUCCUUAUUGUGUCGCACAGGGAAUGGUCUGUCUCAUGCCUAUGUCAGACUUGACCUUAAAAGCAAGGGUCUGACAGACCUGGCCUUGAUCAGCUCCUUCAUCCAUCUGCGCUACUUGGACAUCUCCUCCAAUCAUUUGUCAGACUUCUCUCCAUUGGCCGGCCUCACUCAGCUGUUGUGGGUGAAGGGAGACAGUAACCUGCUUCAGAGGUUCGAGGGUCAGCCGUUUGGCCAGCUCACUUACCUACAGUGGCUCAGCUUUGCCAACAACCGCCUGUUUGAUGUUAAGGGCAUUGGAGGCCCAGCACUGGAAACCCUCAAUCUCACUGGUAAUGGUAUCCAGAACAUGCAGGGCCUGGAAUAUCACAAUCUAACCAAUCUGGUGACUCUUGAGCUCAGAGGAAAUUGUUUGGAAACUACAGAUGCCAUUUACCUCCCCAAUUUACGCCACUUGUAUCUGGCUCAAAACAACCUAAAACGAUUGGAGGGUCUGGAGAAGCUUGAGAAUCUCAACACUCUUCACCUCAGAGAUAACCAGUUAGAAUCACUGGAUGGACUCAGCCCCAAUAUGAAAUCUCUAAAGUAUCUUAAUGUCAGGGGGAACCUUAUAUCUUCUAUGAGGGCUUUGCGAAAUCUUGUGAGUGUCGGGCAAACACUGAAGGCCCUUGUGCUCUUGGAGAACCCUUUAGCGAAGACUGACGAUUACAGGAUGUAUGUGAUCUCGCAUCUCCCCCAGCUUGAGCGCCUGGACAAGGAUCCCAUCACAGCUGAAGAGAAGUCUGCGGCCCAGGAGAAGGAAUUUGAAGAUGAAUUUGCUGAAGAUCAAGAGGAUAACUGAAUAGGCUGUGUUACAUUGAAAUAUACUUGUAAAUAUAAUUUUAUAUUCAAUAAAAUCUACUAUCAAAAAAAA